CGUGUGGCACGCAGGUUUGGACCGUGUGGCACACAGCCUCCUGCCCUGCCCCCAGCAUACGGCUUAGGCAGCCCCGCCAAUCGCGGAGCGAACAGGCGCCGAACUUCGAAGUAUUUAAUGUGGCUGCUCCCAACAAGCUGCAUUAUUGAAUUCCACUUCCGAGUAACUUACUCCGCAUAGUGCCUUCUUCAGCUCUCUGACUCUUUGCUUACAACUUGAACUCAGCGCGUCGAUCAGCCAGCCACCGUUUCGGAAUCCGCCCACAUCUUUUAUCCGAAGUUCGGGUCGCAGCGCCGCGUGGACGUUUAGUCUCUCUCCUCGCGACCAGACGAUGACAAGCGCAGCAGGAAUAGUCGUCGUGCUCCCGAUCGUCCUGCUCCUUCUCUUGUCAUCAUCACAACCCACAGCCAUCUGCGCGUCCGCCGAAUCCACGACCGAUUUAUCGGAAGCGUUCGCUUCUGGCAUGGCCUCGCCCUUAGAAAAGGAGCUUUCGUCGGCGGGACUGACGGGCUUCGCGAGCCUGCUCAGGCACGCCGGGCUGAUGCCGGAGCUCGAGCUGCGCGCGCGGACCGGCUCCACCAUGACCGUGUUCGCGCCGACCAACGACGCGCUCAUGCGCGCGGACCCCGCGCUCCUCGCGUUCCUCAAGCUUCCGCGCAACGGCGCGCUGCUCCGCGACGUGCUGCUGUUCCACGUGGUCGCGCGGCCGGUCUCCGCGUUCGCCUGGGAGGGCGCGCAAACGACGCUGCAGGGCGCGCCGAUCGCGCUCCACGUGGACUCGCUCGCGUUCCAGGUGGGCGGAACCACCGUGAAGCAGUACCGCGCGCUCACGCUCUCCCUGGAUCUCCUCGGCGAAGGGCCCCUGUCGAGGGAAGGCGCGGACGCGGAGUUUGCACAAAGAAGCGGCUUGGAGGUCGGCGGGAGCGGCACGGCGGGCACGGUCGUGGUUCACACCAUCAACGCGCUGCUCGUGCCGCCUUUCCUCGACGAAGCGCUCUCGCUUGCCGCCGGUGAUCUCUCUAUUGUCGCCGCGACGGACAGCAGCGGGCGGUUACUCGCGGAAUUGGAGUCCGCUACCCCCGCGCCCGCGUCAGCUCCGAGCUCGUCCCCCGCCCCGCCGCCGGUCCAGCCUUUCCCCCCUCCACCAGUUGCUCCCUCCCCUCCGCCCCCAAAGAGCGGUGCGCCGGGUGUCUCUGCGCUGAGCUUACCACAGCUGGUUCCUUCUGUGGCGGUCGCUAUCUUCGCCAUCGUUGUGUUGUUGUGAUGGGCAUCGAAGUGAAAUCUAGGGAUGCUGCGGUGGAAUUUUGAAGGCAUAACUUAUACCGUGCAUAAGUAUAGUGCACAAUCUAGUUGUUUAUUAGAUUUAUUGUUCAGCACUUUUAUACCAAGUAUGAA